GGAGCACAAAGACAGCCCUUCAUCAUGAAGUCCUUCUGCCUGCUGCUCUUCUCCCUGUUGCUGGUGUCCAACGGAUCUUCAGCUGUCAUCACGGGGGCCUGUGAGAAGGACUCUCAGUGUGGAGGGGGGCUGUGUUGUGCGGUCAGCUUGUGGAUCCGCAGUCUGCGUAUGUGCACGCCCAUGGGGCACGAAGGAGACGACUGUCACCCUAUGAGCCACUCGGUUCCUUUCUUUGGGAGAAGACUCCACCACACUUGCCCCUGUCUGCCCAACCUGUCGUGUAUCACCAUAGAGGAGGGCAGAUCCAAAUGUAUGUCACCAUAUAAGUUUCCAGACUACUACCUCUGAGGACCAGCACUUACAGUUACACUAUUUGCUACCUGCA